AUGAUAUGGAGGGGAUUGGAACACCUGAAUCACAUGAUAUGGAGGGGAUUAGAACACCUGAAUCACAUGAUAUGGAGGGGAUUGGAACACCUGAAUCACAUGAUAUGGAGGGGUUUGGAAACACCUGAAUCAUAUGAUAUGGAGGGGAUUGAAACACCUGAAUCGCAUGAUAUGGAGGGGAUUGGAACACCUGAAUCGCAUGAUAUGGAGGGGAUUGGAACACCUGAAUCACAUGAUUGGGAGGGGAUUCGAAGCACCUGAAUCACAUGAUUGGGAGGGGAUUGGAACACCUGAAUCACAUGAUAUGGAGGGGAUUGGAACACCUGAAUCACAUGAUUGGGAGGGGAUUGGAACACCUGAAUCACAUGAUUGGGAGGGGAUUGGAACACCUGAAUCACAUGAUUGGGAGGGGAUUGGAACACCUGAAUCACAUGAUUGGGAGGGCGGGGACAAU